CAAGUGCUUGCGCUUCAGUUCUGCGGUGCUCAAUGCCUGCUCGACACGCAGAUGUUUCCAGUUAAAUGAUUGUGCCUAUUUUUCAAAUUCUGCGAUAUGUAAUUACCAUGGGAAACGAUCAGAGUAGGCAGCGAGAGGCGCAAAAGCAUAGCGCGGAAGUCCGGCAAGCAGCUGCCGAAGUCUUCGCGGCGCUGGCCCAAGCACUUCCGCGUCUGUCGCAUAUUUAUGCUGGGGCUAUUUUGGAAUCACCAGAGCUCACGUACGUGGAGAAGCUAUUGUUUCUCCUAAGCUGCUGGGAUGCUGAUGUGGGCCGACUGCGGCCUGAGGAGGUGUCAGUGUCGGCGCUGAGGCGCUACGUGCGCAUGAUACGGGAGGUGGCCCGACUGCGUGCCAGCCCGGGAGCGGGCGGCAAGCGGCUGGCCCGCUCCAGCUGCCUGCUGGCCAGCCUGCACCUGCUCACAGCCGACCCGCGGCAGAGGCAGCUGGAGACACUGGGACUGGCGCCCGCAGACAGGAGGUCCGCCGCCGACUGGCGCUUCCUUGCAGGGCUGGGUCUGGUCGCCAGCCGGCCUGGUGGCUUCUUCGUCGCCUGCCCGGCCGCGCGGCACACCGGCCUGGAGGCGCGCGAGGCCAGGCGCUGGUGCAGCCGCGCCUACCUGCAGGCGCCAGCGGCGGCGGCGGCGGCGGCGGGGGCGCCAGGAGCCUUGGCAGCGCCGUACCUUUUGCCCAACACGCCAUACGGGCUGCAGUCCCACUCCUACGGCUACCAUGGUGGCACCGGUUAUGCCAACCCUUACCAGCCGCAGCAACAGCAGCAGUCACUGUGUCUGCUGCAAGGCGUGGAGGGGGCGGCGGGGGAGGGGAUGGCGGCGGCGCGACGCAGCAGCAUGAGCAGUGCGGGCGGCGGCGGCGGCGGUGGGCAUGCAGACCUGGCUGCGGCGCUGGCAGCGGCUGUGAAGCGGCGGGCAAUGGGGUCCCUGGACCUCCCGCCCCUGCCGCCCUCAGCGCACCCGCUGCCGGGCCUCACCAAGUAUGGCGUGGACGGCUGGAGCGCCAACGGCCACGGCCACCACCACCACCACGGCCACAGCGCCUCCCUUGGAGAGGAGGAGGAGGAGGAGGGCGGCGAGGAGCAGUCGGAGCCCGGGGACCACGACGCAGGCAGUAGCGUGUUCUCGGGGGCGGGGCCAACACAGCAACACGCCUUCCCGCCGCCGCUGCCGACCUUCCCCAGCUUCAUGCAUCACGCACUGGGCCCCCACGAGCACCAGCUGCAUGACGACACCGCCACUGAGGACCUGGCGUCAGAGGACGGAGCCGCGUCAUCGCUGGGCGGAGGAGGUGGCGGGGGCCUAGGAGGAGGAGGAGGAGGCCUAGGAGGAGGAGGCCUAGGAGGAGGAGGCCAUGGUCGUUUCAUGGAGAAGGCAGCGGCGGGGUCAGCAACAGGGGCAGCAGCAGGAGCGGCGGCUGCAGGGAAUGUGGCGCCGGUGGGGGCGCCGCGCCAGCCGAUGAAGGGGCAAGGCCCAGGGCAGGGCAGCGGCGGCGGCAGCGGCGAGGAGAGCGCUCUGCUGGCGGUCUGGUGUCCGGACGUGGCGGAGGCGGAGGCGGUCAUUGCGCGGGAGGCCAUCCUGGCGGCCAAGCAGCUUGAGGCCACGAUGGCGGCGCGCUGGCGGCGGCCGCGCCCCUCCCACGACCUGUCCGGCCCCGCCGCCGCCGCCUACUACGCGCAGUACGCGGCCGCAGGCGACGACGGCGCCACCGCGGCCAUGGUCUCAAUGUUUGACCUGCACGGCGGCCCAGGCGCGGCGCCGCUGGCGCUGAUACCGCCGCCGCUGCCGCAGUCACUGGGCACCGCCGCUGCCGUGGCGGCGGCGGCGGACGCGUGGGCCUGUCCCUCGCCGGCGGCGGUGGCAGCGGCGGAUGCACUGGCAGGAGGCGGAGGUGGGGGUGGGGCAGGAGGAGGUGGGUGUCAAGAGCUGUGGCCGCCGCGGCCCAACGCGGCGGCGCAUUGCGAGCUGGCGGCGGCGGCGUUGGCGGCGCGGCAGCGGCUGGAGCAGAUUGUGCUCAGGCACUACCCCGCGGGCCGCCCCCGCGACCGGCCCUUCCCGGCGCUGGUGGCUGCGGACCCGGACAUGCGGCCCUACGACCGCGCCAUGGCGGCCUGGCUGUGGGCGGCGCUGUCCCGGCACCUGCACUUCGGGGCGGGCGUGACGCGUGAUACCAGCCCCCAGAUGCUGCGGGACCUGCUGCAGCUGGUGCGGCUGAGGGACAUGUGGAUACGGUCGCAUCUGGCGUAUCUGCUGUACCUGCCCGACCUGGAGGCGGCGUACGGGCCGCUGCUGCAACGGCCGUACGCAACCGCCGCCGCAACCACCACAAACGGCGGCGGCCGCGCCGCCGGCGCGCUGCGCUCCGUGUCUUCCGCCUCAUCCUCCAUAGCUGGCAGCUUCCCGCCGCCUACCACACGGCCGCAUGCCAGCAGCUUGUCAGCCGCUGGGCCCGCGCCGCACCCGACCGCCGGCCACGGCAGCUACGGCAGCAGUCCCGCAAAAGGCAGCACAUUCAGCGGAAACGGCGGGGGCGGCGGGCUGGCGGCGGCGGCGCUGGCGAGCAGCAGUGCGCCGUACGGUCUGCCGGCGGCGGCGCAGCGGCGGCUGGCGGCGGCGUGGGAGGCGCUGCUCCAUGCGGAGGCGGCUAGCCACGUGCUGGGCUGGCUGGCGGGCGCACGUGCCAAGCGGCUGCCGUAUGGUCAGCUGCGAGAGCGGCUGGGCGCGGAGAUGCCGGGCGCGUGCAAUGCCUACGGCGGCUCUGAGGCGCUGGCGGGCUCAGUGCUGGUGCGGCUGCUGCGGGACCUGCUGGUUCGCCUGCCGCGGCCCCUGGAGGCGGAGCUGGCUGGAGCUUACAGCAGCAGCGGAGCGGGCAGCGGGGGCGGGGGCGGGCGGCGGAGCGUUGUGGGUCGGGCGGCGGCUGGCGGCAAGGGCGCAGCCAAGGGUGCAAUGGCCGAGGUGGGCACUGAUGAGAUGAUUGUCAUCUUGUGUGAGGACUUCCUGGCGUUUCAAACGGACGGCUACGCAGGACGGUGAGCAAGAGAGCAGUGGAGGCUCUAUUCGAUACCAGGCGGGAUAUGCUACACUCGCCUCGUCUCACUAUGUGUGUAAUGUGACGUGCGCCCAGGUUAAGGAGUAUGGAUCCUGCAGCGGUGAUGCACUAUUGUGCAACAGCUAUCGGGUUGUAGCUUCACAUGUUCAAAGUAGAUAGGGUAGGGAUGGUUGCAGAGGCACGUUGGAGGUACUGAGGGGCAUGCGGUUGCAAUGUAUGUUGAUUGCAUUAGGUGGAGCGUGUGAGCGUGGGCGGGAUAUGUGGGAGGUAUCGAUCGAUGUGCGCCGGUUGCCCAAUGGCCUCAGCAAGUGGCGUGCGUUCAGUAGCUGGCGCCCCGCAACUUCACUACUCAUGAAGUUGACUUGAGCACACACAAUUCGGUUCGAGUACUUGAAUGGAACAACUUGAAAAACGUGGAGGGUGCAGCGAUGCAGAAAGAGCGGAUGGAAUGCACUAGAGGGGAUACAAUGAGUUGCCCUGGCUACUGGGGGAUGGAACGUGCCGGGACACUUCUCAUGAGUCCUGAGCGCGUGGAUACAGACCUGGCUAAUCAAGUUCGUCCUCGAAAUACCUGCUUAGUGUGAACAUCCCUGCCUCGGCGUGUUUCUGACAGGGAUGUGCGAUGGGACAGGCGGGGUUAAGGCGGGGUUGGUGUCUGUGGCACGGAUGGAUGAGUGCAUGUCCCUGCUCCUCGGGCUCCGUGCUGUGUGUCUCUGCAGACGCCCUGUUGGCCAUGACACCAGUGCUGCGGCUAGGGGGCACUGGCAGUCUGGUACUGCCACAAG